UACCCAUUUUGAAUUCUUGAUUUCAAUCGAGUUUGUUCAAAAGUUCAGUCAACGCCAUGGAAAGAGGAGCUCAAACUUCUUUGCCGGAGAAGAUGGAGAAGAGAACUAUUUCCGUCGAUCCUAAAGCGCCCAAAUGCAACCAAACUGAGCGGCUAUUCCGGUAUUUCGACGGGAAUGGAGACGGGAAGAUAUCGCCAGCUGAGUUGCAAAGUUGUGUAAAGAUAGUGGGAGGUGAACUGUCGGAGGAAGAGGCGGCGACCUUGGUAAGCUCCGGUGAUGGUUUGUUAGGGUUUGAUGAUUUUGCUAAAUUGUUGGAGGCAGAUGGAGAGAAAGAGGAGGAGGAGGAUUUGAGAGAGGCGUUUUCUAUGUAUGAGGAGAAAGCAGGUUCUGGUAGAAUAACACCAAAGAGUUUAAAGAAGAUGCUGAGUCGACUCGAUGAGUCGAGAACGAUUGAGGAGUGUAAAGCCAUGAUAAGCACAUUCGAUCUAAAUGGUGAUGGAGUACUUAGCUUCGAGGAGUUCAGAGCUAUGAUGCGUUAGAAGGAAGGGUCUGUAGCUUUUGUAUUGUUGAUAUAUGCAGUUGAAUAUAUUGAGUCACCGGUCCACCCAAUGGUCCCUUUUGAGGAUCAGCUGGUUCUUUGAU